AUGGCAAAUAAUGCAUUUAAUGAGAUGAUUGGAUGCGUGCGUGUAAUCAGUUCUACAGACACUGAUAACACCAAAGAAAUUGUGAACAAUGGAAAUAGUAAUAAUAAAAAUAGCAAACUAAAAAAAAUAAUUAACGGAAUUAUAAGUAAUAAAAUGAAACAUGCAAAAAAUGUAUUUGAUGAAGUAAAAGAACAUAUUAAAUAUACAGCUAAAGAAGCUCAAAAAAAUAUGAACUACCCUUUUUGUAAAUCACCAUGUAAUAUUGAAAAUCUGAAAAAUACAAUAUAUAUAAAUGAAGAAGAAAUUGUUAUAAAUAAAAAUAUUUAUAAAAAUAUAUUUACAAAUAAAAGAAAAGAAAGUAAUGAAAGUGAUGAAGAAGAGGAUGAGGAAAAAGACGAAGGAGUAGCAGGAAAAAAAAAAAAUAAUCAAAAUCUAUUUACAUGUGAAAAAAAUGAUAUCAUUAUUAAAGGGAAAUAUAAUUUUGGAUUUACUAUUGAUGUUAUUUCAGAAAAUGAAGAAAAUAAAAUUAUUGCAUAUGCAUAUGAAAAAGAUACAAAUAAAAAAUUACCAUGUAUUUAUAAAUGGAGGCGAAUAUAUUAUGACAAAGAAUAUGGAUUAAUAGAACAAAAUUUAAAUAAUACAGGGAAUAAAAAUAUACAAAAAAAAGUAACACCAGGAAAUGGUAAAGGUUGUUAUGGUAGUGAAUAUGAAUUAACUUCUGAUGAUAUUGGAUUUAAAAUAUCUGUAGAAUGCACUUGUAUUAAUAGUGAGCAAAUGGAUAAUGGUUCUAUCCCUUCGGAAAAUUAUAGAGACACACAUUUUGAUGAAUAUGAAAAGGCGGAAAAUAACAAUAAUAUCAACAUGAACAAUGAUAAAAAUUCUUUUUACAAUGAUGCUUCAUCAUUUAAAAACACAUUCAAAGGUACGGCAAAAGAAAGUUACACAUCACAAUAUGAAAAAUUAAAUAAUAAAAAAAGUUAUGAUAAUAUACAAAAUAGUGAAAAAAGCAAUUUAGAAAAUAUAAGCAAUUACAGUAAAAAUUCAUCAAACACAUCUAUAAAUAGUUAUUAUAAAAACAUGAAGAAUAAAAAAAAAAAUAACAAUGAAAGUGAUGAUGAAAAUAUGUUAAAACGAUCUACAAAAAGAGGGUUAUUAAAAUCUGAUGGUGAAUUAUCUUUGUUUAGUAAUACAAAAAAUGAAAAAAAUAAAAUAUUUGAAACGCAAACUACUAAUUCAUACAAUCAAAACUUGUCUCAAAUUAAUAACAAAUAUCAUGGUGUGGCUAUUGCCGAAAUUGGGCCAUUUAAUUUGAAUACCAAAACUAAAAAUAUGUUAGAAACUAUUAUAUAUAAUGAUACAAUUAAAUACCCUAUAUAUAUAUUAAGCAAAGAAGACAAAAAAAAUAAUAGUCUACAAAAUGAAAACAAAUAUUAUGAUCAAAAAACUUUAGAAAAUAUUAUAUUUAAUGAGAGCAAAACUAGUAACUCAUUUAGUACGUAUAACGAUUAUAAUUAUGUUGACAAUCAAAGUGUGUAUUCCAAUUUAGAAGGGGAAAACGAAUAUAUAUAUAUGUUGCAUAUAUAUAAAAAUGAAAUAAAAAUUAUUAAUCAAAAUAAUAAAAUGAAAAAUAUGUGGAAUUAUAAAUUUCAUCAUAUAUAUCCAUAUGUAGAAUUUAUUGAUACAGAUCGUAAAACAGAAAAGCAUAACAAAAAUGAUGAAAAUAAUAAUCACUUUUUAUUACAUGUUAAUGAAAAUGAGUCUUAUAAAUGCAAAUGCCUAUUUAAAAGACAUCGAGAUUUAAUAUCUAUUUUAUUAAAAUAUAUGCAUGCUAAUUUAUAUAUUAUCAAUGAAUAUAUAUUCAAUAAUAUAAAUCAAAAUUUUGAAAAAACUAGAGUUAAAAAUAUUUUUAACAAUGUAGAUGUUAAUUCAAUUCUUGAAAAUCUAAACAAAGAGCUAUUACUAAAUAGAAAAAUAAAUCAAAAGUACCUCAACAAAAUUCAUAAUUUACAGAAUGAAAAAAAUGCCCUCGAAGAUGAUCUCAAAAAUACGAUAGAAGCAUUUCAAUUCCAAUUAGAUACUGCCAAAAAGUUCAAGGAUCAAACCGAACUGAUAAAAGAAAACGAAAAACUUAUGAAGGAGAUCAAAAUAUUACAAGAUAAAUACAAAAAUGUGGAUUUAUUUUUUAAAGACAAGUAUAAAUUAUUAUUAAAUGAUAUUGAAAAAUAUAAAAAAUUAGUACAGGAGAAUAUGUCCAAGACUAACUCGAAAGAGGAUCAAAAAUUACAAGAAAAAAUACAGUCUAUCGAAAAAGAAAAGAUUAACUUGUUAAAUGAAAAUAAAAAAAUACAUAAUUUAUAUUUAGAAGAAAAGGGAAAUAAAACCGAUUUAGAGAAUAAAGUAGAAAAUUUAAAUUUAAAAUUGGAACUUUUAAACAAGUCUUUACAAGAGGAAAAACAAAAAAACCAAGAAACAUAUGAAUCACUAAAGGAAUUAAAAGAAGUUAAAAAAAAUAAUAACUCUUUACAAAAGGAAAAUAUCAAAAUAUCAAAUGAACUAAAUUUAUUAACUUCGGAAAAAAACAGAUUAACAAAAUUGGUUGAUUCUUUAGCAAAAGAUAUUGAAAAAUCAAAAAAAAAUGAAGCUUCAAAAAAAGAUGAUAACAAAACAGAAAGCAAACAAAAUGAUAAGCUAUUAAAAGAGCUUAUGUCUUUAAAAGAUGAAAAUGAACUUCUCAAAAAAAGGAUAAAAAAAUUUGCAAAUUUUAGCAAUACCGCGUCAUAG